GGUACCUACCCGGACCGAAAUGCAACGCAGAUUUCGGUGCUUCAUUUCGGUACCUUGGCACCGAAGUUGCUCAUUGGUACCGAAAUGAAGUGGCUACCGAAAUGAAGUGGCUCAUUGGUGUGUACCGGUACCGAAAUGAAGUGCUUGAGCCAAUUGAAGUGCUUCAUUUCGGUGCCUGAGCCAAUUGAACACGGUCGCUAGGCAGAUUCCGUGGGGCACAUGUAAAACUGCCCCAUCCCAAUGUAAACGUUGGCCUGUGUCGCUCACGCUCAUUGGUGUUUCCAUAGCAACAGUCUUAUGACAGCAAAGAGCAUGCACCAUUUUACAGAGCAAGUACAAACUGAAUCCGCCAUUAACCAGAGAAAAUGCCGAAAGCUAAGCGCUCCAAAGUGUGGCUGUAUUUCUCACCAAAGGAUUCUAAUAACGCGAAGUGCAACAAAUGCAAUAAAGUAAUUGCAAGUAAAGGGGGAAACACAUCGAAUCUGAUGAAACAUCUGGCUACACAUAAGAUCUACUUGAAAGCAGAGGCAUGCACCGUGUUUGACUGCCUGCGUGAGCGUGAGCCCAUGCCUAGCACAUCAGUGGGCAGCGUUGGCCUCCCUGGCCCCAGCGAUAGGGAGACUGAUCCCAACCCCGAAAAAGUGGAUACUGAUGAUGACAGCAGCCUUACCUCAGCUUCAACAGUGACCCCAUUCACCUUGGCAAAGAAGGCUAAUUUACCCAAAGUGAAGGUGGAGGAACUCCACAGGUCUGUGACCAGAUUUGUAGUCAUGGGACUGCAUUCUUUUUCCACUGUGGAAUCUAAAUGGUUCAGAGAGAUGACCACUGCCCUCAAUCCUCGCUACCGACCCCCAUCCAGGGAUGAUCUGUCGAAUACUUUGAUUCCUGCAUGGUACUCUGUUGAGAAACAGAAUGUCAUUCAGGAGUUGGCACAAGUAAAAAAGGCUGCUAUUACUUGUGAUGGGUGGACCAGUGUGGCACAGGAACACUAUGUAACAGUGACUGUACAUUACACCAGUCAUAGUGUCAUUAAGCAGAAGGUGCUUAACACCAAAGCUGUGUACGAGUCACAGACAGGCCUGGUGGUGGCAGACGAGAUCACUAGCAUUCUGGUGGAAUUCUCGCUGAAAACCAAAGUUGUAGCUGCCACAGUUGACAACGCCAGCAACAUGGACGUCGCACUGAAGGCGUUAAAGUUUUUAAAGGUGGGGUGCUUUGCCCAUACCCUUAACCUGGCAGCACAGAAAGUUUACGGCAUCACUGCUGUGACAAAGUGGUGUGCCAGACUUAGAGCUGUCGUGGUGUGGCUGAAGAGGUCCACCAUGGCCAAAACGGUCCUGCAGGAGAAGCAACGACUUCUUGGUCUGCCAGACCACAGCGUGAUUCUGGAUGUCAGAACAAGAUGGAACUCCCUUUUCCUGAUGGUGGAGAGGUUUUUGGAACAGUACCCGGCCAUCCAGGCAGCAUCACUGGACCAACGCCUCAGGAAGCCAAUGGAGAAAGACAGACUGGAAAGGCUCACUGCUGACGACUUCGAGAAAGCAGAGGAGUUUGUCAACACCAUGAGGCUAUUAUACACCUCAACCCUCUGUGUGUCGAGUGAGAGGUCCCCCACAUGUGGUCAAAUUCUCCCCAUCCUGAAUAAGCUGGAGGUGCAUUUCAAGGUGGCUGAAGAGGACACUGCAUUUACCAGUGCCGUAAAAGAGAAGGUCUGGGGAGACCUGAAAAAACGAUACCAGGAUGAAAACGUUCAGAACUUCCUCCAGGAGGCCACUUUGAUGGACCCUCGCUUCAAAGGCAGACUUGUGGGUGCUGUUGCUGAUGCCUGGGACAGGUUGGAAAAAGUAGCAGUUGCCAGUCUAACAGAAGAGCUUCCAAUGGAGGGCAUUCAAGACACUGACGAAGAUGGAUCUGAUGACAAUGACGAGGACAAGGCAGAGAAACAUGUAAAUAUAUAAUCAUGAAACAUCUCCAAUGAAUGCAUUUCUUUUGAAGCAUGUUUGUCUAAUCACUACUUUUAUGUAUUUUUCGUGCCAAGCGUGCCAAGAAGUCAGCCCUGGAGGAGCUUUUUGAGGAUGAGGACCUAGAGCUUCUUCAGGCAACAACCACUGAAGGCAGUGCCUUCUCCACCACUCAACAAGUCCAGAAAGAGAUAGAACUAUAUAAAAGUCUGCCUUCAAUACCAUCAGGACAAGACCCUGCAGCCUGGUGGUGGAUGAAGCGGGACCGCCUGCCCAUAUUGUAUGUACUUUCAGAUACAUAUAUGUGUGUACAGGCUUCAUCAACACCAUCGGAGAGGGUUUUCUCCUGUGCAGGUCAUGCAAUCAGUCAGGAAAGGUGCCGCAUUUUGCCGGAGAAGGCAAAUAUGUUGAUAUUUCUUCAAAAGAAUUGCUAAAGUGUGUGUGUGUGUGUGUGUGUUGUAUUUAUUUGUAUUUAAGUAUAGUCUAAAUUUUUGUUAACAGUUCAUAUAUUUUGUAAGUUAAAAAGUGUUU